CUUGGCCACAAUAGGUUUCAAGGCACGGCCAAGGGUGUGGGAACGUCAAAGAUUCUGGGGCGAGUGCAUGCUGCCGAUGUGUUGCUGGGUGGCGGCUACAUGGCUUGCACCAUAAAUGUACUGGAGGGCCAAAAUAUAGAAAUGCUUCUAGGCCUCGAUAUGUUAAAACGACACCAGUGCUCGAUAGACUUAAAGAAGAAUGUGCUGCACAUUGGGACGACUGGCGGAGAAACUCCCUUUUUGUCCGAAAACGAAUUGCCAAAGGAAAUUGAUAUUACGCAAGUAGAACCAUCCACGCCCACACCUACAACACCAUCCGCAAUCAACACAACUACACCGACGGCACCUGAAAGCAAAUUCGACGCGCAGUCGAUACAAAGGCUGGUGGACUUCGGUUUCGAGCGAGCGCAGGUAAUCCGGGUGCUAGAGAUGACGGAGGGAAAUGUCGAUAUGGCCGCGAAUCUUCUUAUGGGCCAGUAGAUAAUCAAAAAGAAUAAUCAUAGGCUCCUAUAUUGAAUGUAGGACGCUAUGGAAUAACAUCUAAAUACUCGAUUUUCACAGUAUAAACUUAAUACUUCUAAUAUGAAAGUAUAACUGUGGAUAACUCUAAAUCCAAUGUUUAAAUAUGUGUAUAUAAGUCAAAUUAAAGUUUGAAAUUAAAUGCUUCGAA